AGAAUGGGUCCGGUCUUGACAUCCAUUACUUGCCUCUUCAUGUUCGAAGAAGAGAUCGCAACUCGUGUGCAUGUCUUGCCGGGCUCAUUCUGGCUUCUGCUGUCGUUCUGAUGCUUGCUCUGGAAUUCGGACUGGAUCUAGGAUUGAGACACGACAUCGGAUCUUCAUUGGAGAAUGAUGCACAAAAUUCUGUCGUUUCGCUGGAUCAGCUCGUAAACAGCUCGCAGUUUACACUCGACCCAUCGUUCUCUGUAUCCUCAAUACCCACUACUCGAUAUUACAAUUGGACCGUGUCCCUAGUUAAUGCAGCUCCGGUCGGUAUAGUCAAGCCUAUGGUUGUAAUAAACGGAAUGUCUCCUGGACCUGUUAUUGAAGCCAACAGCGGAGAUCGAAUCAUCGUCCGCGUCAAUAACGAUAUGUCUAACGAGUCUACAACUAUUCACUGGCACGGUUUAUACCAAAACGGAACGUCGUGGAUGGACGGGACCAAUGCUAUCUCGCAAUGUGGCAUUCCACCGGGCGAGACUAUGACCUAUAAUUUCACUCUUGAAGACUGGGUUGGGACGACCUGGUACCACGCCCACUGCAGUACCAUGUACAGCGAUGGCUUAGUUGGUCCCAUCGUGGUAUAUUCCCCCAAUGAAACUGUGCCGUCAUCCGAUCAAGAUCUCAUUGUGCAGCUCUCGGAUAUCUACAACACCUGGUCCCCGACUCUUCUUUCUGGGUACCUCUCAAACAAUGACAUUGAGGUUGCGUCAGAACCUGUUCCCGACGCCGGUACCAUCAACGGAAUUGGGCAAUUCACAGAUUGUGCAGCAUACGCUGAUCAGCCUUGUGACGGUCAUGGAUCGUACUUUAACUUCACUCUAGCAGCGAACAAGACGUAUCGACUCCGUCUGAUUAACUCUGGAUCUUUUGCUCCUAUCCGCUUCUCGGUAGACUCGCAUGUCCUCACCGUCAUUGAGGCAGACGGUACACCCGUGGAGCCGCUGAAAGUCUCUUCAGUUAGCCUCCAGGUUGCCCAGAGAUAUUCCGUCCUUCUCCGUACAAACCAAACAGCCGAUGCCUACUGGAUGCGAGCUGUCUUGGACGAGAGCAUGUUUGCCUAUACCAACCAUGCGUUGCAUGGAACGAUUCUGGGCGUCGUCCGCUAUGACGGUGUACCGAAUGGCAUGAUGCCCAAUUCAUCUUUGGCAUCAUCUAAUCCUGGCACGGGGACCAGCGCCUCCGACCUCGAUACCUCUAGGCUCGUCCCCGCAGACGCCAUCGACGCACCGUCAACUGCUAGUAUUAGCAUACCGUGGACGUUCUCGAUACAGAGAACGUGGAAUCAGAACUGGCGGUCGUUCAUCAAUUUGACGAGCUGGGAACCGUUAGGGUCUGGCCAAGCGACGCUCAUCAGCGCGACGGCGGUGAAUGCGUCAACAGGUGUGCAAUCGUUUGAUGGAGACCAGCUCAUAACGACGUUUGAAGACAUCCAAGUAGUGGAUUUUGUGAUCAACAAUCUAGAUGACGGAGACCAUCCCUUCCAUCUCCAUGGCUACAAGCCGUGGAUAAUGGGCUCUGGAGUCGGACGAUAUAUAGGGACACCGCUCAACAGCACGAACCCAAUGAGAAGAGACACGUUCCUCGUCCCUGCUUUCUCCUGGAUUGUCGUCCGCAUCAUAACAGAUAACCCUGGUUAUUGGGCAUUUCAUUGUCAUGUUGCAUGGCAUAUGGCUGCCGGCGGUCUGUUCCAGGUGGCGGUCCAGCCUUCAAAACUUAAGUCCUCCACAUUCCCGGACGAUAUUGUACAACAGUGCACGGCGGCGUUGACCAACGGGAUUACUACAGUUGGAUGAUCGCUUGUAUUAAACACAUCUGUAUCAUGAUACGUCUGCAAAAUUUGUAGUUUUCAUGUCCAAGAUUUUUGCGGUCUGCGUACGUGUGUUUUACAUCAAAAGAUCAACCCAACCCCGAGCACUCUACAAGAAAAAAUACAGCAUUGAGGCUUCGUCUUGACUCGUUCCCAUCUCACGGUCACCGUACGAUCUCCUUCGCUCCGAUGGUUCCAGUCCUCCCGCCUACACCGAAUGUGAGUGCGAUGUUACCGAGAUCCUGGUCUGUCUUCUCAAGAAGGGUCCAACUUCGGCCGUCCAUCUUUUUGAGUGUGCAUUCGAC